ACAAAACACACUCUGCCUAAUCCUUCAACAUAAACGUUUCAAUGAUGGUUGUAGUGAAGAGUAGGUUUGAACGAAAAGGAUUAGUUUACGUGACUAUUUUUUUUGGUUUGGUUGUGAUGAUUGCCAUGGUUCUAGACAAAGAAAGAGCUAAGUUAUAAUAUCUCUCUUAACAAACAUAAAUAUCAUUUUGGAUUGAUAACAUGUUACCACACAUUUGAUUAGCAUCACAACUAAAGAAGUACUUGCGGGCGCACAGGGAGGAGGAACUGAACGCCCCAGGCCACGCACAUCCUUCUGUCACACACAUGUGUGAGAGCUCACAAGACAUCAGUCUGUCUGAGAUUCAGUCAGGUGUUAUGAAUCUAACACUCAGUGGCAUCUUAUGAAGUCCAAUGUUCUGGCUGACUUUAAUCCCGGUCCUGCUGCACCUCACCCGGGGAAACAGUCCAUGUUUUGGCCAUUCUUUGGGGAUCAGCCCAUCCAGGACUCAGUUCUUCAAGCGGGACAGUUUGAGGUUAUACUGCGGAGCUGAUGAGCGUAUAAUGACUAACUCUAAAUCAUUUACUUGCUCUCAGAAGAGCCAUGAAUGUAAUAUUACACUGGCAGGAGAAUAUCACAGCGGUUCUUACUGGUGUGACUGCUCUGGAGAACGAGGGGAAGCGGUCAACAUCACAGUGACUGGAGGGUCUGUGAUCCUAAAGAGUCCUGUCCACCCUGUACCAGAAGGAACUUCUGUUACACUUCACUGCCUGUCCCAGAAGCUAGAUGUCGUGAAACCAAUAAACGAGUCCUGUACCUUCUCCAGAGAUGGGCUGCUCAUUGGGGUCGGUUUGACAGGAGAGAUGAGUUUUGCUGCUGUCAACCGAUCUCACAAAGGCCUCUACACGUGUACCUUCUCUGGUGUUGAGUCUCCAGGGAGCUGGCUGGCUGUCAGAGCAACCUCCUCCACCAAAUCCCACCCCCCCACCAAUCACCAUCUGCUCCUCCCAUUGGUCUACGCUGGACCGCCCCUCCUCCUGAUGGUUCUUCUGGGAAUAGUCGGAGGAUGCUGCUGGAGAAGGAGACGCAAAGAAGCUGAAGAAGCUGCCUCGGAGGAUGUGAUUUAUGCGGAUGUAGUCCAAAAUAAAACAAAGAAAAAAGAGCGAGAUAGGUCAGACUGUGAGACUACAUGUAGUUACGGAGAAAGUCUGCAACCCCAGCAAAUCAGAAUACCAGAUCCACCUCUCUACAGUCUCCUGGGGUAAGAACCUGUCAAAUGAUGUUCAGUAAGAGGCAAACUAUAUAUUCCAAAAGGAUGGAAUGCUACGUUCUACGUGAUGUUGCCGUUAUUAGGAAUAAUGUUUUUUGUGUUUGUUUAAUGAGAAGAAAUGUUCUGAUGAAUGGUUUGGUUAUUUGUAGCAUAACCACAAAUAUGUCUUGCUAGUUCCAACAGAUCGUUGCAGUCUGUUGCAGACACAAAAUGUCAACAAUUGUGGCUUCCUGAUAAGAAUUUAAAACGAUGAUAAGAUCUGUCCUUCCACAUGCUUGAACAAAUUCUAAAUCACUUAUGUAUUGUGCUUGAUUCUUACCAUAUACAGCUUUUAGUUUGGAUCUUUUAUCAAGUGUAAAAACAUGGGGUUGAAGAUCCACUUGAGUUCACUGUGGUACCUGUGGUGCCGUUUGUCAUUUGCCUGGGGUAACUACUGCUGGACACAUGAGAUAAACAUAUAAUGUUAUCAUCACAAAUAGAGAUAAGGGAUGUAGGUAGUUUAGUUUGAUGUGUUUUAGUUAGUCUUAUCAGGUGUCUGACUACUUGGCGGAUGGUUGAACUGUAAAAUAAAGAAGACAUUUUGUCAGAUGUGGGUUGUUGUGCUUUCUACGUCAGUGGUUCUCAACCUUUCUGGGGCUGCUGAGGCCAACCAUGACCCCAACAAGACAUUCCAGGCACACCAACUUGAAAUUGUAGGGAAUGAUUAUUAAGGUGCACACAAACACAUUGUUACUAGGAUAUCCUAUCAGCAAUAUUUCACCCAAAUCAGAAUAUCCAAAACAAGUAAAAUUCAUACACGCUCUUGGAAACUGCAUAUUGCAGGCAAUUGAAUAUUUGUCAAAAUAUGCAUUUGAGAUGCACAAUGUGAUCAGGGUGUGAAAUGUUAGUGGAGGUGAUUUUGCAGGGUACUUGACCUUUUCAAAACUAGCAGGUCAUCAACUGUCGAAUGUUCCCGUUUCAGGGCGAUCCAUUUAUUUUUAUAAAGUGUUAAAUAGAUCCGACAGCGAUACGACAUGCAGUUCACAUAAAAAAGUCAAGUAAGUAGAACUCAUACAGGCUCAUAGAAAUGGCAUAUUGAACAAAAACAAAGCAUGAACUUGCAUUUUGUGGAAUAAUGAAUGAUAAUGAGACAAAUUCAGAACAUUUAGUCCAAAUGAUAUUGUUAAUGCUUUAAGUAAAACAAUAAAUAUACUUAAAGUAUACAUUAGGUUUCACUAGCUCACCAUGUGAAAUAUGAAUUGCAUUUCACGGUCCACCAGCGUACAUUUUUUGACUGGAUAAGAGUCACUGCUCUAGUUGAGAAACACAUUUAGGGCGGCCUGUAUAGCGUCUAUUACAGAAAAGUUGGUGGCCUACUUAGUGUCUAAACGGAACUACAGACAGCUUGUGGUGAGGUGUGGAUGGUGAGAAAGCAGUGGUUUAUAUGUGUUAACCUGCCGGUGCACUUGGUUCUGCACGUACCGACAACAGCAACUAGGGUGUCUCAUCAACAACUCACCACGAUGUUCCAUUUGAGCUGUGGUGAAUGCUUAGUAUCUGUAGUGAAUCCGUAUUCAAACAGACACUUUAUUGGGAAGCUAAUGUACUUUGAAUAUCUGUAGAUACCAUAUUAGGUAUCUAAUGUACUGUGAGUAUCAGUCCAGACACUGUAUUAGAUAUCUGUAAUGGUUAAAUAAAUGUCAUUAGGUUAGGAAGGCUGAACCUACCUACUACCUGGUGUCAUUAUCUUACUGUAUUGGUAAGAGUUAUAGUUUGGAAACUGAAACGGUGAACCGGAAACCACAUCCUCAACACUGCCUUCACCAGAGAAAACCUCAGAAAAUGGUCCAGUCAGUGCCACCGGGGAAAGGGUGGAAGUCUUCAUCAGUAC